ACUGAUUCGCGAUUAAAAUACAAAACGGAAAAUAAUAGUCCCCUCUCUAUAAAUAACCUUGCUACCAAUUUCUACUCCUCAUCUACUUGUUCACUUCCCAUUAUAAAAAAACCAAAAGAUUACUGAAACUUUUCAGCAUAAUAAUGGAACAACAACUAAGGGAAACAGAAGGUUCUGGAUCCAGUCCUAGCUUCAGUUUUUACACUUCUAAUAGUUCAACAUCCACAGCAGCCGCUAAAGUUACCGGUGAAGAACGUGAAGAACAGGCAGCUUUAUUUCACGAAUUUGGGGAUUCCAAUGAAGAUGAUUUUGAAUUUUCAUUGAAGUUAACCGAAGAGGAAGUUUCAGCUAAAGUGAUUAACUCGCGAGGCUGGACUGUUUAUCCUCUUUUCAAUCAAGAUCUUCUGCUGAAAGAUGAGGUAGAUCCUGAGGUUCAUGCUUCUGAUUCUAUCACCAGUUCAUUACAUAAGAUGUUCAUUGAUAAACCAGAAGAAUCUUCAUCGUGUUCAUCAUCAGAAGCCGACGAAUUGGAAGCUCUACCUUCUGGAACUUACUGCGUUUGGAGGCCUAAGACCGAAGGUGGAUCUUCACCUGUUAUGAAUAAAAUUAAGAAGAGUAGCUCUACCGGAUCUGGAUCGAAGAAGUGGAAGAUCCGGUAUUUGCUCCGGCGGAGCAACAGCCAAGGGAAGGAACCGGUGGUGGUGCUAACUCGAAAGCAAAAACAGAAUUCCGGUGAGGUUUCCAAAGUCGCCGGCAGGUUGAAGGCUCAAACUCCUGUUCAUGAACAGUUUUACGUUCAAAAAAGAGCAGAAAAUGAAAUGGGUAAGAGGAAAUCGUAUCUACCAUAUAGGCAAGUAGGGUUGUUCUCAAAUGUCAAUGGAAUGGGUAAAAUGCUUCCAUUCUAGAAUAAUCAAACGCAAAUUUUGUUUAAUUCUGUAUCUCUGUAAUUGAUCUUUUCAAGUUCUAUUAACUGUAAAUAUGCUUGAAUGAGAAGUUUCUUGCUUGUAAAUCUCAUAAACGAAUGACCCUUGAAAAUGUAAAGUUUGUCGAUGAAAACAUGAUGGAAUUUAACAAUGCUUAGGAUUAAACAAUGAAAAUAUGUUUUCGUUGUUUUGUA